UGUCUAGAUGUUUUGUUGUGUUUGCUCUUUAAUGUAGCGAUUACGUUAUCUCUUCGUAUACCUAUUUCAACUGCAGCGAUUCGAUUCAGUUUUUGGUCCGACUCAACGCCGAAGCACGCUUAAUUAUAUCCACAGUGCAAGUGUUUACAGCUAAAUCAUGCAGAUAAACAGUGGAACUAAACAAAUAAUAUUCUUCGUGAUGGAAGAAUGGAAACUGAUUUUAUUUCUGACUCUAAUUUUUGGUGUGUACAUGUAUUACACAAGUACAUUUGAAUUCUUUGAACAAAAAGGGAUCAAGUUCAUGAAGCCGUAUCCCGUAGUAGGUAACUUGGGCUCUCGGAUGAUGGCAAAAAAAUCGUUCCAUGAAUUCCAAUAUGAGAUCUACAACUUUUUUAAAGGAAAUCCUUACGGAGGUAUAUUUGAAGGAAGGAGACCAUGUCUGUAUGUGUUGGACCCAGAGCUGAUCAAAGCAAUCACAAUAAGAGAUUUUGAACAUUUUGUUGAUAGAAAUACUUUAACUAGUAAAGAACCAAGAUACUUAAGCCAAUCUCUCCUUAAUUUAAAGGGUUCCGAAUGGAAAGGCGUCCGCAGCACACUGACCCCAGCAUUCAGCUCUGCCCGCUUAAAGAAUAUGCUGCCUUUGAUUGAGGUGUGCACAGAACAAAUGGUUCAGUUUUUAAAGCAGUAUGACAAACAGGAUGUUGAAAUGAAGGACACUAUGGGACAUUUCACACUGGAAGUUAUAGGUGCAUGUGCCUUUGGUAUCAAAUGCGAUGCUUUGACUGAUGAAAAUGCUAAUUUUAUAAAGAUUGCAGAAAGAUUCAACUAUAUGUCUAAGUCUAAGAGGGUGAUGAUAUUCUUUUUCCUAUUAUUUGCACCCAAAAUGUUGAGGUAUUUCAAUAUAUCUUUCAUGAACGAAGAGAGUACAAGGGAAUUAGUCACAAUACUGAAAGCUGCUAAGAAAGAAAGGAGAUCGGGAGAUUACAAGAGAAAUGAUUUCUUGCAGCUGCUCAUAGACGGAGCUAAUAAAGAAAAUAUUGAUGCGGACGGCACAAAAUCAGGAACAUUGCUAGAUGACGACACGAUCGACGCGCAGUCUCUCCUGUUUCUCAUAGCGGGUUACGAAACGUCCAGCACAUUACUCUCAUUCGCCAUUCACAUGCUGGCUACCAAGCCAGACAUCCAAGAAAAGCUUCGAGCUCAUGUCACGGAACAUACAGAGGGAAAGGAGAUGUCUUACGAGCUGCUGUCGCAGCUGUCUUAUUUAGAAGGCUUUUUAUUGGAAACGUUAAGACUGUUCCCACCCGUCGCCCGAGUUGACAGAGUUUGCACUAAGAAAUACACGCUACCCGGAACACCAGUAGAAAUCAACGUAGGAGACGUGGUCGCCAUACCAGUGUACGGGAUCCACACGGACGCUGACAUCUACCCACAACCGGAGGAGUUCAGACCGGAGAGGUUCAUCGGGGAAGAGAAGAAGAAUAGACCGGCGCACCUGUUCCUCGCCUUUGGGGCUGGGCCGAGGAAUUGCAUAGGUCUACGAUUCGCCAUGUAUUCCGCAAAACUGGCCAUGGUCUCGCUUCUGAAAAACUUCAAGUUUUCCACAUGCCCGAAGACUACGGAUCCCAUUAAAUUUGACAAGAGGGGUUUUUUGCUGAAGGCUGAUCUAUGGGUGCGCAUUGAAUCCCUGUGACUAAUCCACAGGGAUUCAUUUAAAUGUAUAAGGAGGUACUAGCUUAAUUUGUUUUUGAUAUGGUCGCGGUUGGUGUGGUGGUAUGGUUGGUUGAUUUCUAUAAUUUUAGACAAUAGUUCUGCAUAGUAAUGUAAAGUCUAUUAUGUAAUCCGUUUAUUAUGUAUUUGCAUAGUGCAUUUAGUCGAGAACUGUUUAUCUUGCCAAGAUUAUUGUACAAUGUGAUAUGGUUAUGACUUAUGACUAGUGAUAUCUGUAUUUUGCACUUCCUAAGCCAAUAACUGACUAACAGGCCGCCGGACGAUAUCGGCCUGUCAGUUAGAACAAACAUUUGACAGUUCCGAACAACUGACCGGCCGAUAUCGUCCGGCGGACUGUUAGUCAGUGGUCGGCUUAAGAGCAGCAUUUUUAUAACUGAGCUAACUGUACAGAUUGAAAGUAAUUAUUCAAUUAAUAUUUAUUUAUCCCUGUUAGGUAUUAUUUAUUAUGAAAUUAUAGCCAUUUAUAUUAUGUACACAAUUUAUUUAUGAAUAGUAAUUUAUUCUGUUUUGAUGAAUUUUGCUAUGAAGAAUCCUAUUGUGUCUUUAUAUAUGGGAUGUUUAGCUGGCCGUAAACAGUCUUCUUCAGGUCCAAAUCUUUGUAGCAUUGCUCUGUAACAAUAAUUGUUUACCAUAAAUAAAAAAAAACGUGUCAUUCUUAAGCAAAUGUACCACUUUGGCGGUUGUUGAUAAGAUAGUAUUGUCAUAAAAAGGGGUAUCUUUUACCUGAUUGUGUUUAAUGUGAUAGUAUGUGAUACAUUACUAUAUUAGUAUGUCAUAUCAUAUAAAGUAUUCAUGUAAUGCUCAGAGCUCCGUAAAAGCAGCCUUAUUUUGAGUACAAUAGAGUACAAAUGUCAAGUUAUUAUUUAUAUGAGAUAGUUCAAAGGUCCAUCUUAUGUACCUAUUAUCGAGAUUAAUUACAGUUUUAUAGGUAAAGAGUUUAUUUUAGAUUUUAAAUGCCAUAAAUAAAUGUGAUGCCAUUGUUUUUUAAUAAGAUUUCUUACAUCAUUUAUACUCUUAGGUACAAAAUGUACGGCACAGUCGACGUCAAAGAUAUGUUUACAUUUUUCGCCUUAUUACAAAGGAGUAAGGUGCAAAAGUGUAAACUUAUCUUUGACGUCGACUUUUCAUCCUAUAUUGGUAGUACUCAACUCAUUCAACUCGAUUAUUAUUAAAUUACAGUUUACUAGUUCAUAAGACAAAUAAUAUAACUAUUGAAUCACAUUAUUCUAGUUUAUAAGUCAAAUACCUUCUAACGUUUAUUUACGUUAAUGUAUUUUUACAUGGGUUCAAUAAAGGAUUAUCACGGUA